AUGACAACAGCAGCUUUGCGCUUGUGGCUCGUCCUCGCUCUCCAGCUGAGAUGCUUCGCUGUGCCGCUGGACCGCGGGGGUCCGGGGCUCCGGGACGGGUCGGAUGCAACCAACGAGGCGAGCGACGAGGUGGACGCGCUGUUGCACCUGAAGGGCUUACCCCGCGCCGCGGCGGCCCCUCACAAGAAGGCGCCGCAGUUCAUGUUGGAUCUCUUUAACGCGGUGGCAGUCCACGACGGGACCCCGAGGAGCCAGAAGGACAUUCUGGAAGGAAACAUAGUGCGGAGUUUCGAGGAUAAAGGUCACGCCGGAGAGAGGUUUCACUUCUUCAAUCUCUCAUCGUUUGGUAGAGAGGAGAGAAUGAUCAAAGCAGAAUUCCGUUGGUUUCGAAAGAAACAGAAGUUUUUCCUCGGAAAGUCGUAUGGGCCACAUUUCUACAAGGUGGAUCUGUAUGAGGUGCUGGACAGCCGAGUGAAGCCAUGGAGAGGAAACCUCAUCACCUCACGAUUGGUGCCCCUAUACUCACAAGGAUGGGAAGUCUUCAAUGUCACUCAAACGGUGUCAAAGUGGAUCCGCAACAGCCAGGAGAAUAAUGGCAUCCUGGUGGUGACCUCACUCUCCUCUGGGAACUGGAUACAGUCACUGGUGUCCUCCUCCAAGCAGAAUAGAGAGCUGACAGACACAAAUGCCUACCUGGUCAUCUUCUCGGACGAUGAGAGGACAGAAGCAUCAAACCAGUCACACCUGGGACAAGCCCAACCGGCACCAGCAGCAUCCGAGCUUCACGAGCACCGCAGCCGGAGACGGCGUGCCUCUCCCGGCUUCCUGCCCCACGGCCGCUCCCAGUCCUGCCGGCGGGUUCCACUCUUCGUGGACUUUGAGGAGAUCGGCUGGUCCGGCUGGAUCAUCUCUCCGCGGGGAUACAACGCCUACCACUGCAAAGGCUCCUGCCCCUUCCCACUGGGGGGGAAUCUCAGAGCGACCAACCACGCCACAGUGCGCUCCAUCAUACACGCGCUCAAGCUCUCUAGCGACGAAGUGGGAGCCCCCUGCUGUGUUCCCGACAGACUCCAGUCCAUUAGUUUGUUAUAUUUUGACGAUGAGGAGAAUGUGGUUUUGAAGCAGUAUGACGACAUGGUGGCACUAAGCUGCGGCUGCCAUUGA